GCUAUGCUCAGAAGAAAUGGAACUCAAUGAAUGCCUCAUUGAAUAUCCAUACCACUCAGAAACUUUAUAUUGUACUGACUCUGAAGUUGCAGACAAUAAAAAAUACUUUCUUCUUGGCUUCAAAGACUCCAUACCCGUUAUUUGUAACAAUAUGCUAGAAGAAAAGGUAAGAACUCCUUUAAGUAUGAAGAAUAAAGUCUUGAAGGUUGAGGUUGAUCCUCAGACUGGAGAUAAAUUCAUCAAUCUGAAUGGAAGAAAAAUCAAGAUACCAGAAUCCAAAACUCCUGUGAUUCCCAAAACAGAACAGAACAUUAGUCACAAUAUGUCUGCUGGCCCACAACCUAUUAAGUUCAAAAUAAUUAGAGGAUUUCCUCUUCCCAAAUCACAUUACACCUCUCUGAUCUUGGACAAAACAAAUGUGGAUUCUGCAACUAUAUCAGUAAAUAAGAAGAUAAUAAACCUAAACAGCUUAUCACAAAAAUCCUUGAUAAUAAGUAGUGAAGUACACAGUGUGAAAUCCCCAGAUAGUAGUAAUAUGACUAUCAAGCCAUACACACAAACAAGUAUGUGUGAAGCAGAUAGCUUUAGCUAUUUAGGAAAACAAAUUUCCUGUAGAUCAAGCAGUACUAUUACUAGUGAUGAUCAACAUGUAGGAGCCUUGGAUUUGACAAAUUAUUCAGUGAAACUUGAUAAUACUAAUGAUGGUGAAUCAGCAUCAAGUGAUAAAUCUUGCCAAACAGACAUCAGCUGGUACAGUAAUAAUGUCAAUGCCAGAAACAAUGUUGCUGAAUGUGGUGUGCAAACAGAGGAUCCUGGAGAAGAAAUCAUUGAUGACUUGACAUUUUUGUCUCCAGAUGUAGACAUAGAAUACCUCUUGAAUGAUCUUGAACAUGCACCAAUGAAACAUAUUUUACCAAAAAAGAUCUUGAAUUGUAGUCCAUUAUAUACUCCUCCAGAGAGUCUCUUUGAGUUGGAAUCAUCAUGCCAAAAUUCCCAGAAAAAUAUUGAUUGUAAAACAAGUCCUCAAUCACAUAGUACUGCUAACAAUUUUUUCCAAGAGUUGAGGACUGCUCUUAUACCAGAUGAUAAAGGCAACAUGCCUAUUCACAUUGGAGUGUUACGCGAUGAUUUGAAAACCGUGAAGAAAUGCUGGUUAAUUCUGAAAAUUCUUCAACAGUCUGUGGAUUUACCCAAUAACAGUGACUUUACUCCGCUGCAGCUGGCCGUCACCAACAUGGCGUCCUGCGACGUAAUCGACUACCUGUUGAGUAAGGGCGCCAGCCUGGAGGCGAUCGACUCAGAAGGCAACAACAUAUUGCACUUGGCAAUCGAGUAUCGCAGGACAGACGCCCUGGCCUCCCUAUUGCGAUUCGCCACAGAACGAGACUUCAACUUGGAUCAACACAAUCACGAAGGCCUGACCCCCUUAAUGAUAGCCUGCUUGAAUGGCCAGAACGAUUCUGCGAAAUUGCUGUUGGAUUUCAAAGCCGAUGUUAACGCUAGAGAUCACAUUUCGGGCAGAACAUCUCUAUUCCAUGCGGCCGAAAAUCAUGAUGUCGAAAUGGUCCAGAUGCUGCUAAUGUACCAAGCCGAGACGAAGUUGAAGAACUUUUUCGGCACCAGUCCGCACGAUGCCAUGUACGAAAUCGAGGACAUGCCCGAUCAAAUCAAAUGCCUUAUUUGGGGCAAGAGCAACAAGAGGAAAGCCGCCGAUGAGCCGAAGACGGCGAAGGUAAUGAAGAAAGAGGAGCCGAUGGUGAGGAAAGUCGGGCUGAAAACCUAUCCGAAAUAUCAGAAAAUCGAGUUUCCGGACGUGAGCCGCAGGUUGAGUGUGGUAAAGUAG